CUCAGCCGUUACAUAUCCGGCUCGGUCACGCUGCCGGGCAAGUUUGUGUGUAGUUCUAGUUGGAACUGGAAGUGUUGGAAGCUUUAUAAAUUUUAUUUCUUAGAUAAAUAUACACCUGAUUUUAAGCGAAGGUCAUAGAUUCUGUUUAAUAAGAAUGGGGAAGAAAUGGAGAAAUAAGAAGAAACCCCAGAAUGGGAAUUCUGGGAAAGUUGAUGAGGGAGGACGUCCCAUUCGAGGAGCCGGAUAUGAAGAUAUCGUCAAGGAAAACAAAAUGUUCGAGGAGUUCUACAAGAAGCAGGGCAUCGUGCCGGAGGCCGAGUGGGGCAGCUUCAUGGAGACGCUGCGGGAGCCGCUGCCUGCCUCGUUCCGCGUCACGGGCACCCGCUCCCAGUCACAGGCCCUGCUGGCCAUCGUCCAGGAGGACUUCCUCAAGAUGGUGGAGAAGAAGGACGGUGCCGAGGCGGAGGAGGUGCGUCACGUCUGCCUUCCCUGGUACCCGGACCGACUGGCCUAUCAGCUCAACCUCACUCGCAUGGACAUCAGGAAGUCGGAGGCGUACCACAAGCUGCACAACUUCCUGAUCUCGGAGACCGAGAGCGGCAACAUUAGCCGCCAGGAGACCGUCUCCAUGAUUCCACCGCUGGUGCUCGAUGUUCAGCCCCACCACAAGGUACUGGACAUGUGCGCGGCGCCCGGCUCCAAGACGGCCCAGCUGAUCGAGGCCCUCCACCGCGAGGAGGGCACCAUGCCCGCCGGCAUGGUGGUGGCCAACGACGCCGACAACAAGCGCUGCUACAUGCUCGUCCACCAGGCCAAGCGCAUGCAGAGCCCCUGCUUCUGCAUCACCAACCACGACGCGGCCAACAUGCCCACCAUGCGCGCCGCCGACGGCUCCCGACUGCUGUUUGACCGGAUCCUCUGCGACGUGCCGUGCUCCGGGGACGGCACCAUGCGUAAAAACGCCGACGUCUGGCCCAAGUGGAACCCGGCCAAUGGCUCCAACCUGCACGGGCUUCAGUACAACAUCGCGAUGCGCGGUCUGGAGCUGCUAGCAGAGGGCGGCCGGCUAGUGUACUCGACGUGCUCUCUGAACCCCAUCGAGGACGAGGCCGUGGUCAGUCGACUGCUGGCAGAUACCAAAGGUGCUGUGAGACUGGUCGAUGUGGCCGCCGACCUGCCCGGACUCAAGUUUAGUCCCGGCCUCACCAGCUGGGUCAACUUCUCAAAGGACAUGGUGCUAUACGAGAACGGGGAGAACAUCGCGCCCCAGCAUCGGACUCUGAUCCGACCACACAUGUUCCCGUCAGCUGAGCCAAAUGAGGAGCUGCGAAAAUGCCUGCGGAUCCUGCCGCACCACCAGAACACGGGCGGGUUCUUCCUGGCAGUGCUGGAGAAGGUGAAGCAGACGCCGCGGGAAGCCGAGGCCGCCCCCGCCCCCGCCGCCGCCCCCGCUGACGGUAGCACUGAGGACUCUGCGCCGCCCAGCCCCACGGCGGCGGCGGGUAAGGGCGAGGGGCCCCCGCCAAAGAAGAAACCGCGCCGCAUGAGGGGAUACAAGGAGGACCCGUACUUCUUUGUCAAGAAGGGAGACCCGAUGCUGGAGGAGCUCGAGGGCUUCUACGGUCUGAGCAGCGAGUUUGACUGCUCGCUGCUGAUGACCCGCUGCGAACAGGGCAAGAAGAAGAACAUCUACCUGUGCUCGCCGGCUGUCCGUGACCUGAUCGAAGCCAACCAGGAGCGGGUCAAGGUCAUCAACUCGGGCGUCAAGGUGUUCGCCAGGUGCGACAACAAGCAGACACCCUGCGGCUUCCGGCUGGCUCAGGAGGGCUCUGACGCGAUCCUGCCGUACCUGACCAAGCGGAAGGUGCAGGUGACCGCCGAGGACCUGGGCAAGAUCCUGCAGUACGACGACGUCGAGCUGCCGUGCGAGUUCACAUUGCUGGACGAGCGGACACAGAGCGCCAUGGCAGAGUCCGGUCCCGGCGCCAUAGCUCUACUGGUGGACGCCGCCGUGCCGCCCGGUCGCCUGGUAAAGACACACGUGGUCGGAUGGAAGGGAGCCACCUCUGUACGCGCCUACGUGCAGCGCAACGAGCGCAUCCACUAUCUGCGACUCCUGGGAGCCGAUACUUCCAAAUACGAGAAGAACAAGUUCGCGGCUGCCCGUGCUCAGGAGGAGAAGGCAGCUGCCGAGACGGCCGAGACGGCAUCAGGAGACGCCACAGAGACGCCAGACAAGGCGGCUGAGGAGACUGCCAACGGAGACGCGGUGGAGAUGACUAAGAGAGACGCUGCGGAGACGACGAAGGGAGACGCGGCGGAGAUGGCCGCGGGAGACGCCGACAGCAGACAGACGGGCGAAGAGCAGGCGCCGGUCACCUAACGCUACGGAGAGAGAGAUAUAGGCUCGUUUGACGUUACAUUUUACUGUCAUGCUGACCAGGGUUCAAUACACCACGAUGUAUCUUU